UUGUAUUUCUGAAGAAUGAGCUGGAAAAGUUUAAGAAAAUAUUAAAUAGAGAAAAUACACAGUACUUUGUGCAGGACUUUACAGAGAAAAUGCGUGAUAUCAAAGAAGCAGCUCUUGAUAUGACACUCUUCUUCCUGAGAGAUAUGGAACAAGUUGAGGCUGCAGAUGCUCUACAAGAUGAGCUGGUCCUCAUUCAUCAGCGACCACUAAAAUCAAACCUGAAGAAGAAGCACCAAUCUCUAUCUGAAGGAAUUGCAAAACAAGGUCACUCUAAGCUUCUGAAGAACAUCUACACGGAUCUCUAUAUGACUCUGAGUGUUAGUAAACAAGUCAAUAUCCAAAAUGAAGCAGGACAAGUUCAGGCUGCUGACAGGCGACAUGAAUCACAAGAGAUUCCAGUUGAAUGCAAAAAUUUAUUUGAAGCACCUGAACAAGACAAUGAGAUCAGAACUGUGCUGACAAAAGGAGUUGCUGGCAUCGGAAAAUCAGUCUCUGUGCAAAAGUUUAUUGUGGAUUGGGCUGACGGUAAAGAAAAUGAGGAUGUUACUUUCAUAUUUCCUCUUGCAUUUCGAGAAAUGAACUUAAAGGAGAAAGAAACACAAAGCUUGACAAGUCUUAUACGUCAGUUUUUCCCAGAGAUAAAAGGACUGAACCUUGCAAGAAAUGAUAAAUUUAAAUUACUGUUCAUCCUUGAUGGUUUGGACGAAUGCCGUCUUCCUCUGAACUUUGAGGGUAAUGAGACUUGCCGUGAUGUAUCAUCACAAGUAUCUCUGGAUGUUCUCCUCACAAACCUCAUCAAGGGAAAUCUGCUUCCUUCUGCGCUCAUCUGGAUCACCACCAGACCAGCAGCUGCCAUUAAAAUUCCUCCCGAAUGUAUUAACCGCGUGACAGAAGUACAAGGAUUCAAUGAUGCACAAAAGGAGGAGUACUUCAGAAAAAGAUUCACAGAUGCGGAUCUGGCCAACGAAAUCAUUGAUUAUGUUAAACAAUCAAAGAGUCUUUUUAUCAUGUGCUACAUCCCAGUCUUCUGCUGGAUUUCAGCCACUGUUCUCCAGAACAUUUUAGAGGAGAAAAGAAAUAAUGAUCUGAAAAACAGUCAGGCUGAUGACGCCUCCAAAACACGGCAGGAAUCAAAUAAUGAAGACACUCCCAAGACUCUGACACAAAUGUACACACACUUUCUCCGCUUUCAGAUCCUGCAGAGCAGACGAAAAUAUGAUGGAGAAUACACACCAGAUGUUUCCUGGGAUAAAGAUGCCAUCCUUUCACUGGGGAGACUGGCAUUUCAUCAGCUGCAAAGAAACAAUCUGCUCUUUUAUGACACAGAUCUGGAAUCCUGUGGUAUUGAUGCCUCCCAAGCAUCAGUGUAUUCAAGCAUGUGUACCCAGAUGUUUAAGGAGGAAAAAGGGAUCAUUCUUGGUACCACUUUCUGCUUUGUUCACUUGAGCAUUCAAGAGUUUAUUGCAGCCCUUUAUGCACAUCUGUUUCUAGACAUCAACAAGAAAAGUGUGUUUUUUCAAGACUCUACAGUACAGGAAAACAAAAAUGAAGCCAUGCCUGAUUUGCUCAAAACUGCAGUGGACAAGGCACUUGAGAGUGACAAUGGACACCUGGAUCUUUUUCUUCGAUUCCUCCUUGGUUUGUCACUCCAGUCCAAUCAGAGACUCUUACAGGGUCUGUUGACGCAGCAAAAUAGAAAUGAGCAGAGCAAAAAGGAAAUAGUUCAGUACAUCAAGCAGAAAUUAGAAGAUAAGAAGAUGUCUCCAGAGAGAUCUAUCAAUCUGUUCUACUGUCUGAAUGAACUGAACGACCAAACUCUGGUGAACGAGAUUCAGACUCAACUUAGAGAAGGAAGUCUUUCAUCUGGUGAUCUUUCUCCUGCCCAGUGGUCUGCUGUGGCCUUCGUUUUGUUGACAUCAGAGGAAGAGCUGGAGGAAUUUGACCUUCAGAAGUUCAAGAAAUCAGACGAGUGUCUCUUUAGGCUAUUGGAAGUUUUAAAAAUCUCCAAAAGAGCUCUGCUAAAUGAUUGUGACUUAACAGAUGAGAGCUGUUCAAAUUUGGCUAAAGCUCUCGGAUCAGAUAACAAUCUGAUAGAGCUGAAUAUGAGCAAUAACAAUCUACUGGAUUCAGGAGUGAAGCAGCUCUGCAUUGGACUGGAGACGUGUAAAUUGGAGAUACUGAAGCUCAGUAAAUGUGUGGUAACAGAGGAAAGCUGUUCAGCUCUCACUUCAGUUCUCAGUUCAGACUCCAGCAAUCUGAAGGAACUUGAUCUGAGCAAUAAUAAUCUGCAGGAUUCAGGAGUGAAGCUGCUCUCUGAUGGACUGAAAGAGAACUGUACACUGGAGAUACUCAGACUCUCAGACUGCAGUAUCACUGAAGAAGGUUAUAAAGCUCUGGCUUCAGCUCUGAGAUCAAACCCUUCACACCUGAUAGAGCUGGAUCUCACAGGAAAUGAUCCUGGACAAUCAGGAGUGAAGGAGCUCAAUGAUUUACGACAUGAUCCGAUCUGCCAACUAAAGACACUGUUGAGAUUUUUGGGUCCUGCUGCAUAUGAAGCAUGUCAGUAUGUGGCUGGAAUUGUGAAUGAAAACCCAUUACUUCUGAGAGAGCUGAAUCUUAGUAAACAUAAACUAGACUUGAAGCGGCUCGCUCCUCUACUGCAGGAUAAACACUGUAAACUGAACAUACUGGUUCUGAAUAAUAGCUAUAUCACAGACAAAGAUUGUCGUGUUCUGGCUGAAGCUUUAAAUUCAAACCCUUCAAAUUUGAAAGAGCUGGAUUUGACUGGGACUGAACUCAGAAACACGGGAAUGAAGAUGUUCUCGACUCUGUUUGAGAACAAACAAUGUAGACUGGAAAAGCUUAAGUUUCAUUGUAUCUGUAUUACAAAAGAAGGUUGUGCUGCUCUGACUGCAGCGUUUAAUUCAAACCCCUCAAACCUGAUAGAGCUGGAUCUGAGUGAGAAUCCACUAGGAGACCCUGGAGUAACAGAAAUCUCCACUCUUCUGGGAAAUUCACAAUGCACACUAAAGAUACUCAGAAUGUCAAACUGCAGUAUCACUGAAGAAGGUUAUAAAGCUCUGGCUUCAGCUCUGAGAUCAAACCCUUCACACCUGAUAGAGCUGGAACUCACAGGAAAUGAUCCUGGACAAUCAGGAGUGAAGCAGCUUCUUGAUUCUCUAAAGGAUCCAGAGUGUAAACUCAAACUGAGGUUUUUGAGUCCUGCUGCAGAAGAAGCCUGUCAAUUUGUGAAAGGAAUUGUGGGUAAAAACCCGUUACUCCUGAAAGAGCUGAAUCUGAGUGAACGUGAACUAGGAGACACACGAGUGAAUCAGAUCUCUGCUCUACUGCAGGAUAAACACUGUAAACUCAACACACUGAUGCUGAAUAAUAACAGUAUUACAGAAGAAGGUUGUGCUGCUCUGACUUCAGCAUUUAAUUCAAAUCCUUCAAACCUGAUAGAGCUGGAUCUGAGUGGAAAUAAACUUGGAAACUCUGGAACAAAGAAGAUCUGUCCUCUUUUGGAAAAUACACAAUGCAGAUUGAAGAAACUUGAAUUGUCAGACUGCAGCAUUACAGAAGAUGGUUAUAAAGCUCUGGCUUCAGCUCUGAGAUCAAACCCUUCACACCUGAUAGAGCUGGAUCUCACAGGAAAUGAUCCUGGACCAUCAGGAGUAAAGGAGCUUCUUGAUGUACUACAGGAUCCAAACUGUAAACUAAUACUGAGGUUUUUGAAAAGUCCUGCUGCACAGGAAGCAUGUGAGUAUCUCACUCAAGUUCUGGGUAAAAGUCCAUUAGUACUGAAAGAACUGGAUCUGAGUGAAGAUAAAUUAGGAAACCUGGAUGGAGAGAAGCUCUCUGCUCUUUUGAUGGACUCUCAUAGCAAACUGGAGACAAUGAAGCUGAAUGAUUGUGAGCUGACAGAGAAAAGCUGUUCAGUUCUAGCUACUGUUCUUUCCACCAAAACCAUCCUGAAAGAGAUGAACCUGAACAACAGCCGUCUGCUGGACUCAGGAGUCAAAGAGAUCUGUGAGGGACUGAAGAAUCCUGUGUGUGAGCUGAAGAUACUCAAGCUCAGUAACUGUGCACUAACAGAGGAAAGCUAUUCAGCGCUUGCUUCAGUUCUCGGUUCAGACUCCAGCAGUCUGAAGGAACUUGAUCUGAGCAAUAAUAAUCUGCAGGAUUCAGGAGUGAAGCCGCUUUCUGAUGGACUGAAAGAGAACUGUAAACUGGAGAAACUCAGACUUUCAAACUGCAGUAUCACAGAAGAAGGUUAUAAAGCUCUGGCUUCAGCUCUGAGAUCAAACCCUUCACACCUGAUAGAGCUGGAUCUCACAGGAAAUGAUCCUGGACAAUCAGGAGUGAAGCAGCUCAGUGAUUUACUACAGGAUCCAAACUAUUCACUGAAGACACUGAGGUUUUUGGGUGCUGCUGCAGAUGAAGCCUGUCAGUUUGUGACUAGAAUUGUGGGUAAAAACCCGUUACUCCUGAGAGAACUGAAUCUGAGUUUACAUGAACUAGGAGACACACGAGUGAAUCAGAUCUCUGCUCUACUGCAGGAUAAACACUGUAAACUCAACACACUGAUGUUGAAUAAUAACAAUAUUACAGCAGAAGGUUGUGCUGCUCUGACUUCAGCAAUUUAUUCAAAUCCGUCAAACCUAAAAGAGCUGGAUCUGAGUGGAAAUAAACUACGAAACACAGGAAUAGAGAAGAUCUGUCAUCUGUUGAACAAUCCACAAUUCAGAUUGGAGAAACUAAGACUUUCAGAAUGCAGUAUCACUGGAGAAAGUUAUGAAACAUUGACUUCAGCUCUGAGAUCAAACUCAUAUCUGAUAGAGCUGGAUCUCACAGGAAAUGAUCCUGGACAAUCAGGAGUGCAGCAGAUCCUUGAUUUCCUAAAGAAUGAGCAGUAUACAUUAAAGAACAUCAGGUUUUUGAAAAGUCCUGCUGCAGAGGAAGCAUGUGAUCAUCUCACUAAAGUUUUGGGUACAAAUCCAUUACUACUGAAAGAACUGGAUCUGAGCAGAAUUGAAUUAGGAGUUCUGGGUGGAGAGAAACUCUCUGCUCUUUUGAUGGACUCUCACAGCAAAGUGGAGAAAAUAAAGCUGAAUGAUUGUGAGCGGACAGAGAAAAGCUGUUCAGUUCUAGCUACUGUUCUCUCCUCCAAAACCAUCCUGAAAGAGAUGAACCUGAACAACAGUCGUCUGCUGGACUCAGGAGUCAAAGAGAUCUGUGAGGGACUGAAGAAAUCUAAGCUGAAGAUACUGAAACUUUCAGACUGCAGUAUCACUGAAGAAGGUUAUAAAGCUCUGGCUUCAGCUCUGAGAUCAAACCCUUCACACCUGAUAGAGCUGGAUCUCACAGGAAAUGAUCCUGGACAAUCAGGAGUGAAGCAGCUCGAUGAUUUACAACAUAGUAAUGUCAAUGCACUCACUGUCUAUAGGUUUUUGGGUCCUGCUGCAGAGAAAGCCUGUCAGUAUGUGAAAGGAAUUGUGGGUAAAAACCCGUUACUCCUGAGAGAGCUGAAUCUGAGUGAACAUGAACUAGGAGACACACGAGUGAAUCAGAUCGCUGCUCUACUGCAGGAUAAACACUGUAAAUUAGACACAAUUCAUCUGCGUAAGUGUGGUCUAACAGAGGAAAGCUGUUCAGUUCUUGCUACAGUCCUGAGAUCAAACUCCAGUCUGAAAGAGCUUGACAUGAGCAACAAUAAUCUGCAGGAUUCAGGAGUGAAGAAACUCUGCACUGGACUGAAGAGUGUAAAUUGCAAAUUAGAGAUACUGAGACUUUCAGACUGCAGUAUCACUGAAGAAGGUUAUAAAGCUCUGGCUUCAGCUCUGAGAUCAAACCCUUCACACCUGAUAGAGCUGGAUCUCACAGGAAAUGAUCCUGGACAAUCAGGAGUGAAGCAGCUCGAUGAUUUACAACAUAGUCGAUGGAAUCCACUGAAAACAACACUGAGGUUUUUGGGUCCUGCUGCAGAGAAAGCCUGUCAGUAUGUGAAAGGAAUUGUGGGUAAAAACCCGUUACUCCUGAGAGAACUGAAUCUGAGUGAACGUGAACUAGGAGGCACACGAGUGAAUCAGAUCGCUGCUCUACUGCAGGAUAAACACUGUAAAUUAGACACAAUUCAUCUGCGUAAGUGUGGUCUAACAGAGGAAAGCUGUUCAGUUCUUGCUACAGUCCUGAGAUCAAACUCCAGUCUGAAAGAGCUUGACAUGAGCAACAAUAAUCUGCAGGAUUCAGGAGUGAAGAAACUCCAGAACGGAUUAGAAGAUACAAACUGCACACUGCAGAAACUCAGGCUAAAUAAAUGUAACUUAACAGACAAAAGCUGUUCAGCUCUGGCUACAGUUCUUGGAUCAGAUACCAAUCUGAAAGAGCUGAACCUGAACAAUAAUAAUCUGCAGGAUUCAGGAGUGAAGCUGCUCUGUACUGGACUGAAGAGUGUAAAAUGUAAAUUAGAGAUACUGAGGUAA